AUGUUGGUCUUUCCUUACUGCCUUUCAGAUAUUGAUGAGUGCAAGGAUUCAUACCCCUGCCCUAUCCACAGAGAUGUGAAAGCAACAAAUAUACUACUAGAUGAAAAUUACACUGCAAAAGUGUCUGACUUUGGAGCUUCAAGAUUGAUCCCUCUAGAUCAAACUCAACUAACAACGUUAGUGCAAGGAACACUUGGAUACUUAGACCCCGAAUACUUCCUCUCGAAUCAACUAACAGAAAAGAGUGAUGUAUAUAGCUUCGGAGUUGUCCUUAUGGAGUUACUGACAAGCAAAGUAGCGCUCUCUUUCCCCAGGCCCGAAGAAGAGAAAAACUUAGUAAGCUUCUUUGUUUGUUCAAUGGAGGAAGAUCAAUUGAAGGAAAUUCUUGAUGAUGACAUCGUUAACAAGAGUAACAUUGAGACGCUAAGAAACUUGGCAGAACUCGCAAGAAGAUGUGUAAGGUUGAAAGGGGAGGAGAGGCCUAGCAUGAAAGAAGUGGCAAUGGAGCUCGAGGGAAUGAGAGUUACAGCAAACCAUCCAUGGGGAAAAGCUCAAGUUUCAAGUCCAGAAGAGACUGAGUACUUGCUUGGGUCAGCUAUGAAUUCAGAGGCUUAUUUUGUGGAUGUUAGAGGUGAUGGUAGUUCUAGAGAUACAACUCUUGGUACAACCACUGGGUAUGAUAUCAUGCAGAUCCAAUUGGCCAUGCCUUACGAUGAUGGGCGAUAA